CUGCAGCGUACAUCGAGACGGCUGCGGUUGAAAGAUAUAAUUUUCUUAAGAGUAUAUGUCUCUUAUACUUGAAACGUGUCUGUUUUAACCACGUACAUCUUGAUUUCCCGACUUGUAUAUAGCCGAUAACGCAAAGAAAAAUACGAGAAUUAUGACCAGUGGACGUACAAUUAAUCGCACGAUAGAACUUUUGCUCACCGCAUUCGGUGUCUGGCCGGGAAUAUCAUGCGUUCUGUUGUACAGAGUGUUUUGGGUAAUUACGUUAGCGAUCAAUCAAUUCUUCCACUACCGGUAUUUUGUAACACAUUUUAAUGUCAACAAUCUGUUCGACUUAAUGGACUGUCUGAGUAGCUUCUUGGCACAUGUAAAGUUGACCUUUAAAGUCAUUAUCUUCUCGUUGAAGCAAAGAGAAUUCAUCGGAAUUCUGACGACGAUGACGGAAGACUGGAGCUAUUGCGGUGACAACGGUGUUGUAUUGCACGAAACUGCACGCAAAGCAAAAUUAUCGAGCCGUAUUUGCAAUGGACUAAUUAUUCUUCACACAAUUGCCGCGUUCGCAUACGUUGUUGGUAUCCUCCUGGCCGAUGUUGACGUCACCGAUCGAACGGCCGAGCUGCCCUUCAUGAUGAAAAUGGAAUAUCCCUUCGUUAUAGACACGCUACGCAAGUAUAGACUCGUGUUAGCUACGCAAUUCGUGUACGUGAUGGUGUGCAGUUUGGGGGCUGGUUUAUUCAACGCCGUGUUUCUAACUCUGACUCUACAUAUAGGUGGUCAAAUAAAUAUCUUGCUUUACUGGUUGUCGGAAGCUGGACCUAUAGAGAUCGCAAGAAUAACGAAAAUCAUUCAGAAACAUCAAAAAAUUAUUAGCUUUUCAGAAAAAAUUGAAAAUCUCUAUUCAUACAUCGCUUUAUUGCAUUUCGCAUCGAAUACAAUAAUGAUUUGCUCAUUAGCAUUUCUCAUUGUAACCGCAAUCGGCAGUCCUGACGCCACCGAGCAGAUAAUAAGAUCUCUCUUAUUUUAUGCUGUAACGAACCUCGAAGCGUUUAUUUUCUGUUUUGCAGGAGAGUACCUGAGCAACAAGAGCACUGCGAUCGGAAACGCGGCAUAUAAUUCUGAUUGGUACGAUAUGAAAAGCACAGACAGUCGUACUUUAUUGUUUAUAAUUGUAAGAUCGCAGAGAAAAUUGAGGUUCACGGUUGGCAAAAUGAUGGAUCUCUCUUUGGAAUGUUUUACUAAUAUCAUGAAAGCCUCUGGAUCCUACUUGUCAGUACUGUUGGCGAUGAAAUAAGCACUCUAAGAAUAUAA